GAGCCCGGUCGCUUGUGUGUGUGUGUGUGUCUGCAGCUUGACGCAGCCACACACUACGGUAUUUAAAACGUGUGAGGGUCGCGUUCAGGCGGAGUUCCGCUGCGCCCAAGGAGCCGCCGCUCAUCCGCCGCUGCAGACAUCACCCUGACCCCGGUGCCAGUCUCCCUCGGCGUGUGACGAUGGCUGACAGCUCGCACUGUUUCUACUGUCGGGAAGACCUUGGGGGGAAGAGGUUUGUUCGCAGCGAGGGCAGGCCGGUGUGUGUCCGCUGCCACACCAAGUUCUGCGCCAACUCCUGCGCCGAGUGCCACCGACCCAUCUCUGUGGAAACAAAGGAGCUCAGCCAUAAGGGCCGGUACUGGCAUGAGGAGUGUUUCCGUUGCGCCAAGUGUUACAAGCCUCUGGCCAAGGAGCCCUUCAGCACCAAGGACGAUCGCAUCAUGUGUGGAAAGUGCUGCUCCAGAGAGGAUGCUCCACGCUGCCACUGCUGCUAUAAACCCAUACUGCCUGGCACAGAGAGUGUGGAGUACAAAGGCAACUCGUGGCACGAUGAAUGUUUCACCUGUACCGACUGUAAACGACCAAUAGGGUCGAAGAGUUUCCUCUCCAAAGGAAACGACAUUUACUGCAGCCCCUGCUAUGACAAGAAGUUUGCCAAACACUGUGUCAGCUGCAAAAAGCCUAUAACCUCUGGAGGAGUGAACUACCAGGACCAGCCGUGGCACAGCCACUGUUUUGUGUGCAGCACCUGCUCAAAGCCUCUGGCUGGGACAAGUUUCACCAACCACCAGGACCAGGUCUUCUGUGUCGAUUGCUACAAGAGCUGUGUGGCUAAGAAAUGCAGCGGCUGCCAAAACCCCAUCACAGGUUUUGGUAAAGGAGUGAAUGUUGUGAACUACGAGGGCGGCUCCUGGCAUGAAUACUGCUUCAACUGUAAGAGGUGCUCCCUCAGUCUGUCCAACAAGCCUUUUGUAACCAAGGGAAGAGACAUCCUCUGCACCGACUGUGGCAACAAGUAGUGACGCAGAGCCCGAUCACUGUCUAACAGCAGUUCAUGCAGUGGUUACGUUUUUUGUUUGUUUUAUUUUUGCAUUGGGGCAGAGUCUUCAUUUCAAUUUUCUGUUUAUUAUUACAUUGCAAUUUUGGGAGAUCACUCAUUAAGUGAUGGGAACAUUGAGACCAAAAUAUAAUUUGUGCUCAGUGUUGAUUGUCUGCUCUGAUGCUGCAUGCUAACGCUGCAACAUACACCGUGCUGCGUGAUAAUAGUGACUCGCUUUGUCCUAAACAUUUGCGGUGAGAAGCUUGAAAGAUAAAUAGUACGUAGCUAAGUCUGGCAGUUUCCUGUUGUAUGCUAGACUUGGAUCGACCUGCAGGUGAAAUGAAUGCGCAUCUAAUAAGUGUAUUACUUACCUGAAAUGCAAAAAGUAAAUCUAUGCUGAGGCACUGAUGAAUCUACAGGUCAGAUUUUUAAUGAGCCGAUGGCUGUGAGCAGUAAGUGUUGGCAUAACGUCAUUUGUAUGUUUUAAAAUUCAGAAAUCAAUGCAUUUAAAAUUAAUACGUAAAUUACGAUCCUUAUAACUGAAUUUGUCAUCGUCUUUUAGCACAAAAAUGCAUGUAAUACUUAUGUUAGUGACUUUUUUCUAUGUUUUAAAGGUAAUAUUUUCCUGUGACCAAAAAAAUGUUUUUGUUUUUUUUUAAAUAAUCAAAAUUCUAUCUGUAUUUGUAACUUUUAAUUGCCAAAGGAUUACUAUGCUUAUUGUAUUUUUUUAAGCAAAUCAACUUUUAUGCACUUUUUCCAAACCAUUUUGAGAUUCAAAAUAAAUAUUAGAUAGGAAUAUAUGCUGCAGCUUGCCUUGAUGUGUUGCUAAAAUGAAAUAAACAUUCUAUAAAACUGAG